AUGUUGCAAACAAGGUUGUUUCUACAGUUACAAGCGGAUAGUGAUGAUUUUGUUUUUCAACAAGAUGGGGCACCGCCGCACUGGAAGUUAGAAGUUCGCCGGUAUUUGAACGGUGAACUCCCUCAGCGGUGGAUUGGGCGUAAAGGAAACGACGAUUUGGAGAUUCAUCCCUGGCCACCACGUUCCCCUGACCUCACAGUGUGUGAUUUUUUUUUAUGGGGCUACAUAAAAGAUAAAGUGUAUGUACCACCAUUACCUACAAACUUGGAAGAGCUUAAAAUCAGAAUCAAAGAUGCUGUUAAUGCCGUGACACCAGAUUUGAUCAGCAACGUUUGGAAAGAAUUUGAUUACCGUAUAGAUGUGUGUCGGGCGGCCGGUGGGGGUCAUAUUGAACAUUUGUAA